AUGUCUACAAUGAACGCUUCGCCUCUCUCGACCUUUAUGCAAGGCCUGAUAUCAUGCAGCUCUCUGGUUGGUGAAGAGAUCACUGUGGAGAUCCAUCAAGACAGCUGUGGUACGCUGUCGGAUCAAGCCCGAGAGAUGGUGAGGCAAUCCUACCGCUCUUCGGUUGCGCAAGAGGGUUGUUCAAGGUGGGACAGUACCUUUGAACGCCUCGAAGCAACCAAAUGCAAGAACGAAGCAAACGAGAAGUCUAACGACCUGGAGAAAGUCUUCCCCAUUUUGCCGUACCGAAGAUUGUCCCUCGGAGCGGGAGAGGAUGCGUGGGAACCACGAAGCAACAAGAAGAACCAGCCAGUGGACAGGACACCCAACCUCCCACCAAGAGAUGCCGCUUUCAGGUCCAGCCUUCGUUGGGCUCUGGCACUCGAAGAAGACAGCAAGUUGCAGUCCCCCAAAAGAUGCCCCGUUAUCGAGACUGAUGAUGACACAGACUCGGAAACGGAGUGCAGCUACGCAGAGUCGGAACUGGACUUUGAUGCCUACGAGACCGAUCCCGACUCGGACUCUGAGGACGAAUGUGAUGACGAGAUGGACAGCUCCGAGUACGACGCUCGCUGGGCCACCCAAAAGGUGAAUCCUCACGAAUGGACAUUUCCCGCCAACUCGAUCUUGCCAAACUUCCAAGCCCUGAUCCGAGAGGCAGCACAAAACGAAGAUGUCGAUCUGAACAAGUGCUUUCAGUCCUCGCGUCGCAACUUGCCUCACAUUCGGCAAAGAUGCUAG